GCUGCGGUGGGAGCCGGGAGCGGCCGAGGAUGGCGGCGGCACCGGCGGCGCGGGAGCUCACGCAGAACCCUCUGCAGAAGACGUGGGAGCCCUACGAUAACGGGCUGCCCGCGGGGCACAGCGCGCAGCGCGGCGUAUGUAUGACCAAUUGCCCUACUCUGAUUGUCAUGGUGGGUCUCCCAGCAAGAGGCAAAACCUACAUCUCGAAGAAGCUGACACGCUACUUAAAUUGGAUCGGAGUGCCUACAAAAGAAUUUAAUGUCGGUCAGUAUCGGCGAGAUUUGGUGAAAAAGUAUAAAUCCUUUGAAUUCUUCCUGCCUGACAAUGAAGAAGGCUUGAAAAUCAGAAAACAGUGUGCCUUAGCAGCGCUGAACGACGUCCGGCAGUACCUCAGUGAAGAGAACGGACAUGUGGCUGUCUUCGAUGCUACAAACACAACUCGAGAACGUAGAGAAACUAUUUAUAAAUUUGGUGAAGAAAAUGGAUAUAAGACUUUUUUUGUGGAGUCUGUGUGUGUCGAUCCAGAGGUCAUUGCUGCAAACAUUGUGCAAGUAAAGCUGGGUAGUCCUGACUAUGUUGAUUGUAGUAAUGAUGAAGCAACAGAAGACUUCAUGAAAAGAAUAGAGUGCUACAAGAACUCAUAUGAGACCUUAGAUGAAACUCUGGACAAGGAUCUUUCUUACAUCAAAAUUAUGGAUGUUGGAAGGAGUUAUCUCGUGAACAGAGUGAUGGAUCACAUCCAGAGCCGGAUUGUCUACUACCUCAUGAAUAUCCAUGUGACGCCUCGGUCAAUCUACCUCUGCCGGCACGGAGAGAGCGAGCUCAAUCUGAAGGGGAGAAUAGGAGGAGAUCCUGGGCUGUCUGUCAGGGGGAAAGAAUUUGCCAAAAGCUUGGCACAGUUUAUUAAUGAGCAAAAUAUCAAAGAUCUGAAAGUUUGGACCAGCCAGAUGAAAAGGACAAUUCAGACUGCUGAAGCUUUGGGAGUGCCUUAUGAGCAGUGGAAGGUUUUGAAUGAGAUAGAUGCAGGAGUAUGUGAAGAAAUGACAUAUGAAGAAAUACAGGAAAACUAUCCGCUUGAAUUUGCACUGAGAGACCAAGACAAAUACAGAUACAGAUACCCUAAAGGGGAGUCCUAUGAAGAUCUUGUUCAGAGGCUGGAGCCAGUAAUUAUGGAACUCGAAAGGCAGGAAAACGUGCUUGUCAUUUGUCACCAAGCUGUCAUGCGCUGUUUGCUUGCAUAUUUCCUUGACAAGCCUGCAGAACAGCUGCCCUACCUGAAGUGCCCACUGCACACUGUCUUAAAGCUGACCCCAGUGGCUUAUGGAUGUAAAGUAGAAUCCAUAUUUCUGAAUGUCGAAGCUGUAAACACACACAGAGAUAAACCUGAGCCAAAGCUGGAGAGGAAGACUAGAUCUCAGGAAACAACAGGACAACCGGGGGAAGGAAAUUGAGCAUGUUUGUAAAAUGUAAGUGCAGAGAAGAUGUCAGCCCAUGGCAGCUCUGUGCCCUGCCUGUGUCAGGCUCUCUGUGCUCCUCAAUGUCCAUCUGAUUUCAGGCUGAUUCUGCUGCUUGUGCCAAGCUCUUCCUUUGCUUUAUCCCCAAAGCUGUGUGAAGUGUGUCAUGGUUAAACCUCUCUGGUUCCCUUGCAGAUCCUCAGGCUCGUGCCACCAGGCACAGCACUGAUUCCAUGCUGAGGUUAGGAGCAGUGUCUACUUCUGCAGUUUGGUAACAUGACAAAAAAGGGCUGUGUUUGGUGGUUUUCAGAGCAACACUUUAGGGUGAAAAGGAAUAUAGUGAGAAAUGAGGUUAUAUGUGUGAAUUCAACAUGGCACAUGACAUAAAGUGCCUUUGGUAACUGAGGGUUCACUUUUGUGCAGAAUUCAUACCAGAAUUCUUUGGUGAAUUCGGCAAAGUUUUGUUUUAAUGACUUGGAUAUUCCAGGUUCUGAAAAUACUUACUUUUGGAUGUUUUCUCUUCAAAAAUUGCAUUGCAUUAUUUCCUCUCUCCUCCUUUUCCUGCUUUGUCAUUCUGCUUUGCCAUUUUGUAUCUUAGUUUGCUUUAUCAUGUUUAGGAAAUUCAGUCUGUGUUUUUGCAGUACCUAAGGCUGGAGAAACAUGGUGAAAAUCCAUGAGGAUGUCUUAGAGCAGUAGGUUAUUUGUGUGAAAUAAUGUAGAUGAACAUCUUUAGUUUGGCUGAUCAAAAUAUCAGUGGUGAAUUUGCAGCUUGCUAAAAUGUUGCUGAAAAUGCCAGUCCUCUAACUGAAGAGUUUUAUUUCAAGGGAGAAAGCUCUGCCUGAAUCACCAAGGGACACUCCACAUGUCUAGUGAGUGAUGUGGCCCUGCUGGCACUGGGUGCACAUGGAGGAUGAUGAAGACACUUCCAUUACAGUGGACUCAAAGACAAGACAGAUUUGAACAGAGAUAAAUUGAAUUAAUUUUGUAAGAGUAGAAAGAAGGAGUAGUGGCAUUUUCCUAAAAACUCCUCAAAUUCCCUUCUCCCUCUGCCCCAAAGGAAACCCAGCCUAGUGAAUAUGGAUGAUGUUCAGGUAGUGGGUCUGAAUGAAGUACUGAGUUGGUCUUGUCUGCAUUGCUGCUCAGAGGACUGUGAAAAUUUCUAAAGCUUUCAUUUAUAUCACCUAUGAAAAUGUUAAUUACUUCUGUAAAAUUAAAUUUUCAAGUAGUCUGUUGAAGUCAAAGCAUUUAAUUGAAUACAGUGUCACAUAUCAGCAUUGUUAAACAAUGAAACCAUUGGAUUGAGAAUUGCCCAGUGUGCUGUUCUGUGACCCACUGGUCACUUGUAGUCUGUGCUCCAGAACAGUGCCCUCCUUUUGGGCUCAGCUGAAAACAUCUAUUUUGAUAUGGCAGAAAUGCAGGCAAGGCUCUGGAUUGGUUGUUUGUGGUAUGUGUGAACCUCAGAGUACCAUGGUGAUUUGUCUGGAGCAGAUUGAAGCCUUGUAUUUGUCAGCAUUGUAGUGACUGAAGUUCUGACCUUUUCCAGUGAAGGACUCGAUGGUCUUUUACAGAAAAUAGUUCAGGGGAGUUGCUUUAGCUGUUGUUGGGUCCCUUCUUUGGGCCAGAAAACAAGUGCUGGGGUGAAACAUCUGCUUUGCAUCUGGCUUAGCUGGUGAGUGGCAGAGAGGGGAUUACUUAGACCAGAUCUCCUUUUUUAUUUUGUUGUGGGGACAUGGGGGAGGGAGAUGUUAGUGCAAGGUGAGCUGCCUUACCACAGUGCAGAACAAGCAUGACUAAUGAAACCCAUGAGUGUGAAGUUUGAAGAAUUGGCAAUGAUUUGGCCUGAAAUGGAUCUUGUAAGGAACUUCAGAGCAGUUUAUCAGGUAGGAGGGAGAAUACCAAUUGCACAGGCUUUGGGGCUUGCAGGGGGUGGUGCCAUUGCAGGUGUGAUUGGCUGCACUGGGGUCUUGGUUUCAUUUGGUUUUGAAUAAUUGAAUGCUGCACUGAAUGUUACUGUUUUUCUGCAGACUCAGCAGGAGGAGGUUGAGACCUAGUUGGUGUGAUCAGCCUUGAAUGGUUAAGGUGUCUGAGGAUAUAUUUUUUAUUUUGUUGGGGGUGUUACAUUGUCUGUAACACAAACACGUGUUUAAAACCUUCUUUUGGCACAGAAGCAUGUGGCAUAUUCAGCAAAACACUGAAAGUUUCUCAGCGAGAUGUGGAUUCCUACUGGGGCCUGUAAAAGACUUCCUCCUAAAUGUGACUGACUUGAGCUUGGGGUAGUGCUGUCAGCAAGGGACCUGAAUUUAAUUGCUCCUCAGAGGGCUGUGAAAGUUGCAAAAGCUUUUAUUUUUUUUUUUACUGUAAAUACAUUUUUGUGCUGUGUCAAUCUGGGGCCGGUGCUCAGUCUGCUGCAUUCUUGGGGUGUGGGGGGCUGAAACCAUCUCUGCUUCUCAAUCAACACAGCUGUGUACUUGUGAAGGGACCUGAUUGGUGGGGUUUUUUUUGGUCUUACUGCUGCAUGAUAAAUAUUCUCUGUAUUUUUAUUAUUAUACAGAAUGUAGACAUUUCCAGACCUACUGAGGACGCUCUUGUAACAGUCCCUGCUCAUCAGUGAAUUCUGACCAGCUAUCGAACUUGGUGUUUUCCUCCUGCUGCUUCAAAAUAAAUUGAAAAACUAAUCAUUCCAGUCACUUUGAAAUAAAAAAAAAAGCCAUACCCAAACCAAACUCAUAAUCCAAACCAAAUGUUUGUUCAGCACAUGACUUGAAAAAAUUUAUCAAAUCAAAAUAAAACUGUUGCACUGGCUAAUUUAUUGUGGAUGAAUUAAUGAAACCUUCAUCGGCUCUCACUGGAAUGCUGUUUUUGUAAAUUGCUGUAAUUUAAAUAUCCUGCAGCAUUAAACUUUAUUGUAGCAGCCAGCAAUCAUUUAGUGUUAGUUGCAGUGUAUUUAUGAAAACCAUGAAACACAACAUCCUGUGUGAGAUAAAGUCAGGAUUUAUUUUGCCCAGCAGAGCACCAGUAUUAUCUGUUUCAGCGCCCUUGGGAGUGAUUGGACUGCCAUGUAGUGUAAAAUAACAACCCAUAAUUACUGUAAAUACAUAAUCCCACUGAUCCCCAGCACUAGUGCUCUGCAUGUGCUAAUUACUGAUGUGCUGUUGGAGCAGAGUAGCAAGUUUCACUUAGUUCCAGGACAAUUAUUCAAAGAACAGGAAUGUGUAUAAAUGUUUUUAAUACACAACUUUUGUUAACAGCUGUUCUGCAUUAACCAGGCUUUAGGGUUUGGCUGUGGGCAGAAGGGAUUUUAAAUUCCCUCUUUUCCUGCUUUGUGUGCAUGUGGGUGAUGGAGCAUGCUCUGGCCCAGCUGCUCUGUACCCAGAUUUUAUGUGGCCUCCAAGAAGCAGUGCUGACCAUUCCACAACAGGGAAGCAGAGUUAGCCAGAGGAUUUUGUAGGUGGGUAGUGGCUCCAAGUAGAUUCAGAUCUCAAGCCAGCAGGGCAUGAAUCCCAAACUGUGUGAUAGGAAAGCCUCUUGCAGGAGAGGAGACUGCAGGCUGUGGGAGAGGUGGUGCUGUGGUGCCUUUCCCAUAAGGAAACGCCUGUGCCAUGGAGAAGGUUGCAUUGAGGCAGGGAAAGGCAAAAAAACACUGAGCCUUGGAACUCUCUUCCUUUUAGUAAUGAAAAUAAGCAGGAUUUGGGUUGUGGAAAGCUUUUAUCUGUUAGGUUUCUCAGGUGGUAUGUUUUUCCUAAACCAGGACCUUGGGGGGAAAAAAGUUACAUAUCCGCACUUCUAAAAUUGUACUGAAGUCUUCAGAAGUUUAUGGCAAUUGGAAUAUUUACCAUAACCAGAUAACCUCUGGCCAGAGAAUCUCCUGCUGUGGUGCUUGGUGUUUAGUUAAACCACUGUCCCUGGGCUGAAAGUGGGAGAACCUGGAUCAUUUUCCUGUUGCUGUCAUGACUGUGAUGUAGGUGUGGUUGGUCACUUUUCUGUCUUUAAUUGCUCUAAGGUCUGGGCAUGAGCUUUGCUGGGAAAGGUGCCCCAGAGGAGCACCUGAACCCCUUGCACACAACAAGAAGUGUGGUUGCUCUUACCUGACAUUCCUGAAGUUUCACAGGGAUGGUUGCCAUAGUCAGGUACUGAGGAGCCACAUGGAGACAGCUUGGAAUGCUGUCACCUCUGCAGGCCACAGCUAAGGAAAUACCAUCCAAAUGAAAUUAAAUGCAUUACAUUUCUGAUGGAGCCAAAAUCUUGUGCAGGCAUCUGCUGUGGAAAAACUGAGUUUUGCUGCUUGCAAAAGGAUGGCUUAGGCUGUCAGAGAAAAUUGAGGGGGAGGAUGACAGGAGCAGGAGCUUGACCGGAGAGGAAAGCAAAGUUUGCCUGGUCUGUGGCCAGUGGAGGUUGCAGAGGGAAGGGAAGCACCAGGAGAAUUCAGGACCCUCCAUUCCUGCCAGUUGAUGCCAGCUGGAUUUCCUGGGGCUGUGUCUGCAUGCCUUUCUCUGCUGAGCACAGCACUCACUGUGCUGAUGUGUGCAAUGGAGUGAAGUGGAUAUUUAAAAGUAGAAUGCUCUAAGGGGUCUCCUCUCCCAGCAGGAUUGCUCAACAGCCCUUGCCUUGUCAGUAAAAGGAAGGCCUGAUGCUGGAUGGGAGGCAUCAGGAGUGGUUUGAGGCACUGAUUGCUGAGGGGAAGCUGGCUGAGAGAGUGCUGGAUGUUUAUAUUGUGCUGUUUGUUUCUGUGUUUAUGCCUGUGCUGGUUCUUAUCUCCAGAGGUUCCUCCUUUUGCCUGUGGGAGCCUUUCUGCAACAUCUUCCUAUUCUGCUCUGAAGAUCACAUGUAGCUGAAUCAAAGUAAAACCGAAAACAGGGCCUGUCCUGUUGGAGACCCAUAGCACUUCGCUGGGGGAGGCUCUGUCCUGUAGGAAAAAAAUGUACAAAGGCCAGGGAAUAAUGAGAACAGCAAGAGUGGUAUUUGAGUUAGUGUGUAUACUUUGAGUCUUUCCAGGAAAGACUGAGUGUGCUGGACUCUUGUGUGAGGUAGGGUCAGACUGCUCCUGCCUUGGGGAGCAGGCUCUGGAAGCAGCAAGCUCCUGCUGGGGCUGGCCAAGGAAGAGGGUGUAUGGCUUGGUACAAACAGCAUUUGGGAAAGGUGUGUGGUUUUUAUUCCUCCUCCUGUGUUUCCUGGGCUCUCCAGACUGUAUUGCUGUUCUCAGCACGGUUGUUGGUCCAGGUGUGCUUUGUGCCAGGCAGUUGCAGGGACACUUUCUGCUCCCAAAAACGAGGCUGAAGUCUCCAUCACCUUUCUAAGCAGCAGCACUGUCCUCGUUGCAUGGCUUUUCCCUCACGGUGCCCAUGGCUGUUCUGAAAGUGGGUACAAUCCCAGCUGCCAUCAUCUCAUCUAAUGGGAUUCCUGUGAGUAGGAAUCCACUUAGAGUUAAUGAGGAUAUUGGUCCCUUUCUAAGCCCAUGUUCAUCUGCUCUCACUGCUGGUGGUUGUGUAUAUUUAAUAAGCCCUUGGGGGUGUUUAUCAGGGUUUAUACCAGUUUUCUUCCUUCAGUGUGACAACCCAGCACACUUUGCUUUCACAACCUGUUUGCAUUUACUCAAAUUCAAGCUUUUUUUGCUUUUGACUUUCUUGCCUGCUUAUCAGUAUUCUCUUUGGGGCUGUUUCAGUUCUUAGAAUUCUGCUUUUAUCCAGUACCUCUCAUUGAGUGAAAUAAGCUGUAUCUUCUGCUUUGCCUUAAUCACCUCAUUUCCUUUUAGCUUUGGUUUGAGCUGCCUAGCUCUUGCUGCUUGCAGACUAAUUUCCAGUACCUCUGUAUUCCUGCAUUUUGAUGCUCCAUUUCAUGCUCCAUUUAAUUUUCUUUGAAUCAGCAUCAGAUGUUCAGCUUUAAAGAUUUCAGCCAGUAUUCUGGGAGUGCCUGUGGAGACCUCUCUGUAGUCACAGGGAAAUUCUGGGUAUGUUGCAUCAGUUGCUAAGAAAAACACAAACACACCAAAUGCCAGCAUAUUCUGUUGGUUUGGGUUUUUUUCCCCCUAUAACCAUGAAGAAUAUUUCUUGUUUUGUCAACUCCUCAUGUUCUUAGCAGAUACUGAUGCUUUUCUCUUGCUUCAGAAGAGAUGCUUCUUGUAGAAGCUUCUUCUUGAAAUAGGGUUGUUGCUUUGCUUUCCUUCAAAGAGAUGUGAGGGGAGGUCAGGCUGUGUGCUGGUGGGUGCAGAGAUUUCCAGUAUUGGAUAACUCUGUCCAGCAGCAUUUGCUGUGUGUGUGUUCCCAGAAGUUUUGGUGUGGUGUUUGUGGUGGAAAAUGAGGAUUUACCCAAGGGCUUGAAGGCUGAUGACAAAGGAAAGGGCUGAUGUGGAUG